UGUACUUUGAAUGGAUUAGAAGGUAUCAUCAAACUUAAAUAUUACCAAAAUAUUGCUAGCAAGCCUUCCCUUUUCUUUUUAAUGAGUAACCAAAACAAUGCCGUCUCCACUAAUGUCGCCAAAAAUUCACACCAUCUUCCUGUCGUCGUUGUCAUGGUUCCUCUACCGGCGCAGGGCCAUCUGAACCAGCUCCUCCACCUUUCUCGCCUCCUCUCCGCUUUCAACAUCCCCGUUCACUUUCUUGGCACGGCCACCCACAAUCGCCAAGCCCAGCUUCGCAGUGGUGGCGAAUGUAGCAGCCACAUGAUCCAAUUUCAUGACUUUGACAUCCCAAUAAUCCCUUCUCCUUCUCCAAACCCCAAUGCCACUCACAAAUUCCCCUCACAUCUCAUCCCCACCUUCACUGCCGCGGCGGUCCACCUUCGUCGCCCUCUCGCUGCCUUCCUUCGUUCACUCUCCUCGAAAGUGAAACGACUUGUCGUCAUCCACGAUUCGCUAAUGUCGUCUGCCGUUCAAGUUGUAGACACCAUCUUCAAUGUUGAAUCGUACAAUUUUCAUAGUAUUUCACCCUUUGUCGUCGCUCUCCAAAGCUUGGAGCGUAAAGGAAUUGUCAUUGGCCAUGGUUGUGAUCAUGAAACUAUGACAUUUUAUGAAGAGUAUUUUUUGAAGAAAUCGAAUGUUCGUUCACUCCAAAGGGGUUUUCCAGCAGAGGCUUUGGAGUUCAUGUUAUCACAAUUGUCUCAGCUACCGAAAAGGACAGCUGGGAAAAUUUAUAACACUAGUAGAUUGAUUGAAGGCUUAUCUUUGAAGAUGAUUGAAAGGGUUGAACAUGAGUUUCAUCAUUGGGCAUUGGGUCCUUUCAACCCUGUCAAAAACUUGAAGAAUGGGGAAAAGUCAUCGUCUAAUCACGCCUGUUUGUCAUGGUUAGAUCGACAAGAGCCAAGAUCAGUGAUGUACGUCUCUUUUGGAACGACGACAGCGAUGGACGACAAACAAAUUGAAGAAAUAUCAAUUGGGUUAGCAAGAAGCCACCAAAAGUUCAUAUGGGUCCUCCGGGAUGCCGACAAAGGCGACAUCUUCCAUGACAUCAAUGUUAAGAAAUUCGAGCUUGAAGAAGGUUACAAAGAGUUAAUUGGUGACCGAGGGCUGGUGAUAAGAGAGUGGGCACCACAAUUAGAGAUACUGAACCACUGGACAAUCGGAGGGUUCAUGACGCAUUGUGGAUGGAAUUCGUGCAUGGAGAGCAUGACAAUGGGAGUACCAAUGGCAACAUGGCCAAUGCACUCAGACCAGCCGAGGAACGCGGUGCUAAUGACAAAGGUGCUGCGAGUAGGGUUGGUGGUGAAGGAGUGGGAACGAGGGGAGGAGGUGGUGGUGGCAUCAACUGUGGAGGAAGCGGUGAAAAGAUUGAUAGUGUCGAAGGAAGGGGCAGAGAUAAGAAGGAAUGCAGAGAGGUUAGGGGAAGCUUUACGACGGUCAUUAGAAGAUGGUGGAGAUUCUCGCCGGGAGUUGGAGGCUUUUGUUACUCAUAUUACCAGCUUGACUGUGCAAAUCACUUUUGAUCGUUGUUGUCACCGGUGUUGCUUGGAUCUCCAUCGUCAUCUACUUCUUCUGGUGGUGGGUCAUAGUCAUGGGUGUUCUCCAGUUGUUUUUCAUCGUUGCGUGGGCAUUCUCUAGUUUUUUUUCGUCGUCGCGUGGGUGCUCUCCAGUUGGUUUUCGUCGUCGCGUGGGCAUUGUCCUUCCAAUUGUUCUUCUAGUGGUUGUUCGUCGUGGUUGUUCUUCCGUGGGUUAGCUCGUCGUUCGUCCAGCUUAUUCUGGUCGUGGAGGUGGGUCACCGGCAUGGAUCUAUAGAUUUAGUUUUGGGUUUUUAUAUCCGGUCUUCUAUUUGUCCGAUCUACUCAUGGGUCUUCCAAUCCGGUCGUCGGCGUUGUAUUUUUCUCAGAUCUGCCGUCUCAACUCUGCUUGCAAGGUCCGAUGCUCGUCGAUGUUUCAAUCUUCAAGCUCCGAUUCGGAUCUCUUCAAAUUAUUGGUUGUUUAAGUUGUUUUCUUGGAAAGUCGGCAUCAUCGAGAAGCACAUAGAAGCAUUGUUUGGUAGACCUAAAAUUGCUAUAACAUCUCAAGGAACCAUCUAUCCUUCCAAAGAUGAGCAAUUGAAGAUUAGCUUUGGUGGUUUGAAGGGAUUGGUUUUAGAAGCUGUCACUUUUAGUUCCUUCCUCUGGGACGUCAAAAGCUAUGUGGAUUCAAGGUACCAUUUUUUUGUGAGUUGAGCUAAAUGCCAU